AUGGCGUCGACCUUAGACGGAGGCAAGAACGACAGGCAUUGUUGCGUGCCGAACUGUAAUGGAAAUGGACGCCGCAACCCAGAGCUCUCUUUUCAUCAAAUCCCACAAAGAUUGGAGCUUCGCAAGGCUUGGAUACAUGCUAUUCGGAGGGAUCCUGGUCCAUUAUUCAGAAGGGACGACUUCAAAUGGACCCCAGUAAGGAAGACACUCAAGAAAGAAAGUGUUCCUUCCAUAUUCAACUGGAAAUCUGACGAAAAAGCUGCGCGACGGGAAAUUUUUAAGCAUCCUGUUCCAGAGAAAAUGCCUAGAUUUGACACUGAUGAGAAUAACAACAACCCGGUCUCAAAUGAAAAUUUAAAUUUGAAUGUGGAGAGCAGUAUGUAUGAAGAAGUGCAGCCUGAGACAAAUAGGGUGAAUGAGUUAGAGGAUAUGCUGAAGAAGAAGGAAGGGGAAAUUCAAAAAUUACAGCAACGACUUGAGAUAGAAAGAUUUGGCAUUCAAAGAUUUUCAAAUGACAAUGCAUUAAUUUCAUUUUAUACAGGUUUUGCAUCCAUGAUCAUGUUUACAACUUUUUAUGAAUUUAUCAAACCUGGUGCUAAUAGAAUGACCAGUUAUUAUUACAGAUCUUCUGACAGAAUCAACCAGCACGUACUGGUGGGCAAUCCGAGGAACAUGUUGCUCAUUGACGAAUUGUUCAUGUUUUUAUGCCGUUUAAAAUGUGGUCUUAUGGAGCAGGAUUUGGCUGUAAGAUUUAAAUGUCAUUUGUCUACUGUAAGUAGGAAAAUUAUUACAUGGGCAAAUCUUUUAUACUUUGCUCUUGGUAGCAUAGAUAUCUGGCCAAGUAGAGAGCAAAUAAAUGAGAACAUGCCUAACCAAUUCAAAAGUAUGUAUCCCUCUACACGGGUAAUCAUUGAUUGUACAGAGUUAAAGACAGAGAGACCUUCAUCUCUUGUUCUCAGUUCCAAGUGUUAUUCGUCAUACAAAAGCUCUCACACAUGGAAAGGACUUGUUGGGAUUGCUCCACAUGGAGCUCUGACCUUUGUAUCAAGUUUGUACACAGGAAAUAUGUCAGAUGUAGAAAUUACCAAGCUUUCUGGCCUGAUUGAUCUCCUGGAUAGGGGUGAUUCAAUAAUGGCUGACAAAGGAUUUGUUCUGAACAAGGUAUUAGAGGGGACAGGUAUUUCAGUUAACACGCCCCCAUUCCUCCAAAGUCAAGGUCAAUUUUCAAGGCAAGAAGUGGAGCAAACCCAGGUGAUAGCAAAACUAAGGAUACAUAUUGAGAGGCAUAUCCGCAGAGUCAAGGAGUACCACCUUUUUGAUGGUGUCAUUCCCUUAAGUAUGGUAGGAACAAUAAAUCAAUUAUGGACAGUGGCAAACAUGCUAACUUUAUUCAAGGGUCCUCUUGUCAAGGAAUGGAAGUAA